AUGGAUAUGGAAUACAAGAACUUGAGACCUAUAAGUAAUCUGCAAUUUGUUUCCAAAUUCACCGAGAGAGCAGUGUCUGAUCAAAUCUAUAACCAUAUUGUGGCUAAUAAUGUGUUUCCCCCACUACAGUCUGCUUACAGGAAACACCAUAGCACAGAAACGGCGCUCCUUAAAGUUAUAAACGAUAUCCACGUUAACAUGAACAAUCAACAGGUAACGUUAUUAGUAUUUCUGCAUUUGAGCUCUACGUUUGAUACUGUUGACCAUGAUAUUUUGAUUAAUCGUAUACAAACAAGUUUUGGAAUAACAGACACUGCUUUACUUCUGUUAAAAUCAUAUCUAUCUGGCCGCUCUAUACGUGUCAUUAUUGACGAAAGUACAUCGGAAAGCCUGAACAUGCCUUACGGGGUUCCACAGGGAUCAUGUCUGGGCCCAUUAUUGUUUACCGUUUAUGCUAGCAAACUCUUUGAAGUGGUAAAACAUCACCUACCAAAUGCUCAUGCGUAUGCUGAUGCUACCAAGCUUUAUCUAGCGUUCAAACCUGAAACCACACAAUGUCAAGAAGACGCGAUGGAAGCUAUGGAGAAAUGUAUCAAAGCCGUAAGAGCAUGGAUGGUAAUUGAUAAAUUGAAGCUGAAUGAAGGAAAAACAGAAUUCAUGAUUAUUGGGGCUCGUCAACAGCUGAAGAAAGUCACAGUUGACCAGUUAUUGGUUGGUGACAUACGUGUUACUCCUGUUAGCAAUGUGAAAGACCUUGGAGUAUGGUUGGAUUCUCAUCUCAAGUUUGAUGUACAUAUUACUAAAACGUGCAGCACCGCUUAUUAUUUUCUUCAUAACAUCAGAAGAAUAAGGAAAUACUGCUCAAAUCUUGGUGCAUGCUCUGGUGAUUGGACGGAUUGAUUAUUGCAAUUCUUUGUUCUAUGGUCUUCCAAAAACUCGACCAAGAAAUUGCAAAGAGUACAGAACAUGGCCGCUAGACUUAUUACUAAUUCUCCAUGCUAUUGUCAUAUCACUCCUAUUCUGUAUCGACUCCACUGGCUGCCAAUAGAAUAUCGAAUUAAAUUUAAAAUAAUGCUGAUAACAUUUAAGGCUAUCCAUGACUUGGCACCAGACUAUAUUAAGGAUCUUAUUAACGUGAAAAACUUGUCCGCCCAUAACCUUAGAUCAGACUGUCGUUUCCUACUAGCUCCGCCAACAUUCAACUCAAAGAAGACAACUGGAGAUAGAACUUUUGUUGUGGCAGCACCAACCUUAUGGAACGAACUUCCAUCUGAUAUCACAAGGGAAAAUAACAUUAACACUUUUAAGAAACGACUUAAAACGCAUUUGUUUAGAGAAGCAUACGCUAAUUCUUAAAUUGUCUUUUUCUUGUUUACAUUUUUAAUUAAUUCUUAAAUUGUCUUUUUCUUGUUUACAUUUUUAAUAUUUACAUUUUUAAUAUUUACAUUUUUAAUAUUUUAGUAUAUUCCAUAUUUAUACAUUAUAGUGUACAUUUGUUAUAUUUUGGAAAUUUGUAAAGCGCAUUAGAUCAUAUAAGUAUAUUCCAUAUUUAUACAUUAUAGUGUACAUUUGUUAUAUUUUGGAAAUUUGUAAAGCGCAUUAGAUCAUAUAUCAAUGUUAUUUUGCGCUAUAUAAAUAUUAAAAUUAUAAUUAUUAUAUCUGAUACACUAUCGCAUUAAAAUAUAUAUGCACUGCGAUGAACUUCCAGCAUUUAAUUUGUAAAUUUUGCGCUGGCUAUAUUCUAUAAGAUUUUCUUAAAAUUUCAUAUAUUGUAUAACAUAUGCUCUUUCAAAUGGUUACUUACACGUAAGUGGUGCAAGCCUGAAAAUGAACGAAAAUCCCACUCAAACAUGGUACUGCACGCCUCAUAUAUUAUAAGCCAAUUAAUAUAUGCAUGUGAGCUUUGAAGAACUGUGUGUUUAAUUGUAAAAAUCUUGCCGGCUAUUUUAUAGGAUUUUCUUAAAAUUUCAUAUAUUGUAUAAAUUAUAUGCUCUUUCAAAUGGUUACAAACACGUAAGUGGUGCAAGCCUUGAAAUGAACGAAAAUUUCACUCAAAUUUGGCUGUAUAAUUACACGCGCAUUUGAUACACUAAGCAAUUAUAUAUGCGUUGCGAGGAACUUCCUGCAUUUAAUUUGUAGAUUUUGCGCCCACUAUUCUAUAGGAUUUUCUUAAAAUUUCAUAUAUAGUAUAAAAUUAUAUGCUCUUUCAAAUGGUUACUUACACCUAAGUGGUGCAAACCUGAAAAUGAAUGAAAAUCCCACUCAAACAUGGUACUGCACGACUCGUAUAUUAUAAGCCAAUUAUAUAUGAGCUUUCAACAAGUGUCUUUUUAAUUGUAAAACUCUUGCCCGCUAUUCUAUAGGAUUUUCUUAAAAUUUCAUAUAUUGUAUAAAAUUAUAUGCUCUUUCAAAUGGUUACUUACACGUAAGUGGUGCAAGCCUGAAAAUGAACGAAAAUACCACUCACAUUGAACUGUAUAAUUAUGCGCAUCUAUUGAACUAAAAAUAACUGGAACGAUACCUCCAACCAGAAAUGUGAAGGCAUGCCCACUGUUGUCAUACCCAGUCUUUUCAUGCAACAGAAAAGCACGGGUUUUUUUAAUUUCCAAAAACGGGGUCAAAAUGCACUAAAACAUCAUUCAAGACGACGUAAAAUUCACCUACCAGCACCAUUUUCUUAUGAUAAAAACAUCCUUCAAAACUUUAGAGUAAAAUAUUUUUAAUUUAUUUGUGUAAAAGUCAUAAUUAAAUUUUCUGUUUUGAGUAAAGUGUUGAGCGAGGAGUGGAACUUGCUGCAGAGCCUGAAAUAAUGGCCGGCGGUUUUCCGACCAAAUUCCGAUUUUUCCGACCAAAUGCUGAAAUGAUCGGAAAUUUUGUCUGGCCAAAUUUUGAGAGAAAAGAAAAAUGUUUUCUUAAUGAUCGGGUCGGCGCUCAGCACAGUGAGUACCAUCUGUAAGUUUGGAUUAUCUGUAUUAGGCUAAUAUAAAGUAAUCAACUGGAAAGCAUAGUUCACAGGCUCAAUAAACAAGCUUACAGCGUGGUGUUGUCGUGAAAAUGUGAGGCGAGUUAAGAUUAGUUUGCAAUUUAAAUCACUCGUCAAUCAAUUUAAAACACACGUGGGCUCACGACCAUUUUGAAACUUUUCGCUACAGUUACAAUUACCUUACACAUAUCAUGCAUUAACAAUUGCCCGAAAUAAUUCACAAUUGAAUUUAACUCCUUCGUUUUUCAAAGACAGUGUUUUAAAAAAUAAAUAUGCUAAAAAGUAAGAUAUUCUGGCAUUUCCAUCCUUGUACUUUGUCUAAGUUGUUUGAAAUUGAUCCCUUCUUUUUUUGUGUUUGAGCUGCAGAACUACUAAAAGUGGCCGUUAUCCUUGAUUAUUAUUGGCAACUGCCAAGAAAAUACUAUAUGCUAUGAUGUCGAACCGUGUCAACGACGCAAAUGAAGGGACAAUAUGUUCAAAGAAAAGUAGGGUGAAACCUGAGACGUUUUCAUGGUUGGACUACUCCACAGAGAAGGAAAAAGGCAUAAAUGUUGUUACACAGUUGAAGUGUAAAAUUUGUAAGAAAUACAGGGAGUGAAUAACAGGCUGCAGAAAUUUUAGCGAUAAAUGGGUAGUAGGAGCUAGCAGUGUUAGAGAGCCUGCUACGUCAGACCAGCAUGUCCAUGCCAUGAAUCUGCAAAAUUAAGAAUUCGCCCGAUCUGAAGGAAAGUCCCUUGUUCCUAGAGAAGCCCCGAUUAUACAAGCUCUGGAAAACCUUUCAAAUGAAGAGCAGGAGAGAAUGAAGAUAAAAUUUGACGUGGCAUAUCUCGUGGCAACAGAGCAAAUGGCUUUCUCAAAGUACCCCAGUAUCUGUGCUCUAGAGAAACGACAUGGUGUAGAUAUAGGACAGUCUUACCUGAAUGCUAACGCCUGCAAAGAGUUUGUUCACUGUAUUCUGAUAUUGUGAAUGAGGACUUGAUAUCUGCAGUAGCACAAGCAAAGUUCUUCUCUCUGUUAAUUGAUGGCUCAACAGACAAGAGCAACGCAAACAAUGAGGCUACCCUUGUUCUAUGGUUUGAUCCGGAAGGUGAAAAUGAAAAGGUUUGUACCAAGAUUGGAUAUUUGACUGUUUAUCGACCACACCAUGUAACUGCUGAAGGGCUUUUAGAAACUGUGAAUAACAGUCUUCGUUUUCUUCAAGUUGAAACACUGGAUGGUGACAAUGUUGAUGAUGAAGCAUUAGAUCCAGGAGUGGUAGCCUGCGAACCGUUCAUUAUUUAUACCCUAAGGUGGGGUUGGGAAAUCGAUGACUAAUGAAUUUGAAUAUCUGCCCCGUAACGUUCGUUUUUCCAAAUAUGGAAUGUCUAUCCUUAUAUGGUGUUGUUUACAACUUUCGUGCAAACUAAAUUUAGACCGUGCAAACUAAAUUUAGACCGUGCAAACUUUAUACUGUUUUUCGAAAUAUAAGAUAUUCAAGCAAAAGUUCCAAUGUUUUAAAUACUGUUUUCUCAAAACAGAACAUUUCGUGCAUUGAGAUAAGACGGCCAAGACCAAUUUGAUCAGUUAAUGUGUUUUUAUGCAUAGUUUCAGCAGUUGACAUAUAUAGAGCUCAGCGGAAACAUAUAAAUUAUAGCAUCUGACCAAUGAGAAUUUCGCGUCACGAUUUGAGACGCAGAUAUUCAAGUUCAUUAGUCAUCGAUGCAGGCUCUCAAUUCAGCUUGAGAGCCUGUUCGCAGGCUACAGGAGUGGUCUCUCGUGUAACCAACACAAAUAGCAACAGAAAGUUGGUAGGCAUAGGCACAGAUGGUGCUUCCAGCAAUGUAGCAGCUCGAGGAUUGAAGGGGUUGGUAGAACAGAAGCUACCAUAGAUUUUUUGGAUGUGGUGCUUGGCACACCGGCUUGAACUGGCAAUUAAAGACGCGCUCCGGGGAACCUUCUUUGACAGCAUUGACGAAAUGCUUUUGCGCCUUUACCAUGUGUAUGAGAAAUCACCAAAGAAGUGUAUAGAACUUGAAUCCCUCUGUGCUGACCUAAAAGAAUGCUUAGAAUUUGAUGAAGAUGGAAUAAGGCCAGUGAGAGCAAGUGGAACACGAUGGGUGAGCCAUAAGGUAAAAGCAAUAUGAAGAGAGUAUUGUGAAAGUAUGGUGCAUAUAUAGCUCAUCUUACAUCCCUUUCAGAAGAUAAAUCUGUGAAAGCAGCUGAACACGCCAAGCUAUAAAGGGAUACCUCAAUGCCAAGUACAUCCUUGGGUGUGCAGGAUUUGUUGAUCUGCUAACCCCAUGUGCCACGUUCUCCAGGUCAAUGCAAAGUAAUGACCUGGACAUUCUGGCAGCUAUCAGCCAUAUUAUCAAGACCCUGAAUGAAACAAACAAGCUCACUUCCAAGCCCCUGGAGCAAUGGAAAACCUAUUCUGAUACACUAAAGAAGGUACAACAAGACGAGAAAGGCCAGUCAGAGUACCAGGUAAAAAAUUCAUGUCUUCAAAUUUAUAAAUUUGUAUUAUUUACUUUAUAUGAUUGAAUAAAGUUAUAAUGUAGUAGUUUGCUCUAAUUGCCUUGCGUAUUUUUCUUAUUUCUAGACACAGAUUCUCCCGAAUCUGGAAGGAGCCAAGACGUUCUUGCUCCAGAAUUCCAGAGCUUAUGGCAAUGCUGUGACAACUUGCAUCAAGUCCAGGUUAUCGUGGUCAGACUUGCAGCAUCUGCGAGAUGUCAUCCUUGUGUUGGCAACUGUUGGGUGGGAGAAAGUAAUGGAUAAGCUGGACGCUCACGGGGACCAGGAGGAAAUUGAUGACACAGACAGUGAAGAUCCUCUGAAUGCCAGACAGGCUUGUAGAAGCAUACAAGGUGCCAUUGGAAGGAGCAGGUGCUGA